GUGGGAUAUAGUGUCAAGCUAUAGAUUUAGUCAACUAUGUGAUGGACCUAAAAUCACCGCAGUUAUACGCAAUGAUCAGGACGUCCAAAGUUUCAUUAUUCAGAAGCCUUGACGAAAUUUACAGCUUGCCACGUGUUAUUUCGUGCAUUGUACAACUGAAGAACAUAGCAUUAGAAACAGUCAUUAAAACAGAGUCUUCAAUUGUGAACGCUUUAGACAGAAGUACAAAAUCCCCAUUGGCACCCCAAAGGCAUGGCUCUCUUCGGAUAGUUUGAGUCUUUCUCGCAAGAGGAAGUUUUCAAAUGAAGAACUUGUUUUAUGUAGUAACCUUAUUCAUCCACCAUAUAAACUAGUACAUAACUUGUAUGGCGGAUCUUUUUAUUGUUUAAUAAAUUUCACAUCUUAAUAAUAAUAAAAAAAAAAAUGAAUUUUCAUG